AUGCAUCUCACAUCCGUCCUCGCCACCUCGCUGGCCCUGGUCUCCCUCCCAGGAACCAUGGGCUACCCCGGCAUGGGCGAGCAAAUGGCCGAAAUCAUGACCCGUAAGAGCGACGCCGGCGACUCCACCGAGCUCCUCGGCGACCUCCUCACCCUCAAUGACAGGGAUCUCACACCUGUCGGCAAGGACAUCAAGAAGAUGCUCCAGGGAAAGGGGAAUCCCGAAUCCAAUGACCGCUACAGCAGAGUCCCCGACCUGGCCUCGGACUACUGCAAAAAGGAUACGUGCUGCGUCUGGCGCUACGUCGCCGACGACAUGUACCAGUUCAUGGCCGGCACGUCGGGCCGUUGCACGAGUCUGGCUCGCGGCGCCGUCCGCCUCGGUUUCCAUGACGCCGGUGCGUGGUCCAAGGCCACAGCAUCCCAGGGCGGCGGCGCCGACGGCAGUAUUCUGCUUGCCCCCGGCGAGAUUGACCGCUUCGAGAACCGCGGUCUGCAAGAGAUUGCUGCCAAGCUGCAGGAGCUGUACGGAAAGUACAAGUCCUUGGGCUGGGACAUUGGUAUGGGUGACUUCAUCCAGAUGGGUGCCACCGUCGCAACAGUCGUCUGCCCCCUAGGCCCCCGCAUCAAAUCCUACGUCGGCCGCAAGGACAGCGCCAACGGCGCCGCCCCCGGCCUCCUCCCGAGCCCCUUUCAGCCGGCCGACCAGCUCAUCCAGCUCUUCCGCGACAAGACCAUCGGCCCGCACGGCCUCGUCGCCCUGCUCGGCGCGCACACCACCAGCCAGCAGAGGUUCGUCAACACUACCCGCGCCGGCGACCCUCAGGACAGCACGCCGGGCGUCUGGGACGUCCUGUACUACAAGGAGACGCUCAACCCCAACUCGCCGCCCCGCGUCUUCAAGUUCCCUAGCGACAUCUCCAUCUCGCAACACCCCGAGACGGCCAAGGAGUUCAAGGAAUUUGCGGGCCCCGGCGGACAGAACCACUGGAACGAGGACUAUGCUCGUGAAUAUAUCCGCCUCUCCCUUCUGGGCGUCAACAAUAUCAACCAGCUCACCGAGUGCACCAAGGUCCUGCCCCCUGCCGUGAACGGUUUCCGCGCCGUUGACCAGUUCAAGCUCGACAAGUGGCUCAACAGCGUCGGCAACAAGGGCGCUGCCAAGAAGGUUGCCGAGGAUCUUCAGAAGGGCGAUCCCGCUUCUGUCGAGGUCCCUCCUGUCAACAACCGCAACUAA